UAGACAUUUAUUUGACAUAAAUAAGCAUAAACUGCUCAUUAAUUAUGCAGAAUUUGCCAAGAAGUGAUGAUCUUGAGGGAACAUGGAAAUUUCUUGAGAAAGGAGUUUCUCAAAUUAUGGAGAAUUUAGAAGAGGGAUUAAGUUUUUCCAAAUAUAUAGAAAAUUAUACUGUCGUAUACAACUAUUGCGCUCGACCCAAAACUACUGCAGAUAUAUCUAUGAAUGAGUCGUCAAAAGGUGCAAAUUUACUAGGUAACGAACUUUAUUAUAACUUAGUUCGUUAUUUAUCAUCUCAUAUGCAAUCUAUUAAAAAUGAAUCACUAAAAUAUAAUGAUGAGGAUUUACUACAUUUCUAUUCACAUCAAUGGUCAAGAUAUACGAGUGCUAGUUUUUGUAUACAUCAUAUAUUUAAAUAUUUAAAUAACUUUUGGGUAAAAAGAAAAAUCGAUGAAGGAAAAACAGGCAUUUAUAACGUUUAUACUCUUGCAUUGGUUAGAUGGAAACUUGAUAUGUUUGAUGAUAUUCAUGAAAAAGUGACAGAAACUUUAUUGAAAGUUAUUGAAAAGCAAAGAAAUGGAGAAACAAUAAAUACGUCUCUUCUAAAAAAUGUGAUAAAUUCAUAUGUUUCUCUUGGGCUUGAUGAAAAAGAUUCAUCUAAACUAGUACUUGAUGUAUAUAACAAUUACUUCGAAAGACCAUUUAUAACUUCUACCGAAAUAUAUUAUAGAAUUGAAGCAGAAAAAUAUAUAUCUGAAAAUAGCAUUACAGAUUAUAUGAAAAAGGUCGAAGCAAGAUUCAAUGAAGAAAAAGCCCGUAUACAAUUGUAUCUUCACCCAAAUACAACUAAGGUUCUUAUGAAUGUUUGUGAUCACGUUUUUAUACAAAAUCAUUCAGAAAUUCUUCAAGACGAAUUUCAAAAUAUUCUUGAUUCUGAUAGACAAGAAGAUAUGACUCGAAUGUAUACACUUCUUUCACGUAUUCCUGAUGGAGUAAAUCCGUUAAAAGUAAAAUUCGAAGCACACGUAUGUAAAGCUGGAUUGCUUGCUGUAGAAAGAAUAGUUGUUGAUUCUACUAACUCAGUGGACCCUAAAUCCUAUAUUGAUGCAUUGUUAGAAAUUCGUUCACGAUAUAAUACAUUAGUAGCAACUGCUUUUAAAGGAGAUAUGGAAUUUAUAAAAGCAUUGGAUAAUGCAUGUCAUGAAUUUAUUAACCGUAAUAAAGUUUGUCGUCUAUCUUCAUCAAAAUCUCCAGAACUUCUCGCAAAAUAUUGUGAUUCUUUACUUAAAAAAAAUUCAAAAUAUGUGGAAAAAAAUGAUUUCGAGAACACACUUGUCAACAUUAUGACUAUUUUUAAAUAUGUUGAAGAUAAAGAUGUAUUUCAAAAAUUUUAUUCGAAAAUGUUAGCCAAACGCUUAAUUAAUGGAACAUCGGCAUCUGAUGACGCUGAAACAAGCAUGAUAUUGAAACUAAAAGAAGCAUGUGGAUUCGAGUACACGAAUAAACUCCAAAGAAUGUUUCAAGAUAUAGAUGUAUCUAAAAACCUUCAAGAAUCAUUCAAAGAAUCGUUGAAAAAAACAUUAGAUCCUUAUAAUUCCCAAAUUAAUUUUUAUAUUAUUGUUCUCGGGACAGGAUUCUGGCCUCUACAACCACCUUCAACUCCUUUUAAUAUUCCGAAUGAAUUAGUUGAUAUUUAUGAAAAGUUCCAAUCAUUUUACCAAAAAAAACAUAAUGGUCGUAAACUUAACUGGUUAUUUCAAUUAUCUAAAGGAGAAUUAAAAGUUAAUUAUUUGUCAAAUACGAAAGUUUCGCAUACGUUUCAGGUUUCUACAUACCAAAUGGGGAUUCUUUUAGCUUAUAAUACUUCUACAUCACUAUCAUAUGAAAACCUUCAAGAAAUAACAGCAUUAAAAAAAGACGUUUUGGAUGCAUCUUUAAAUAUAUUAGUAAAAGCGAAAGUAUUAUUGAUUUUUCCUCCAGAUAUGACCGUGGGCUAUAGUAAUACUAGAUACAAUUUAAAUAUGAACUUUAAAAGUAAAAAAAUUCGAGUAAAUCUUAAUAUGCCUACAAAAAUUGAACAAAAACAAGAAAGUGACGAAACACAAAGAACAAUAGAAGAAGAUAGAAAACUUUUAAUGCAGUCUACAAUCGUUCGUAUUAUGAAAGCAAGGAAAAUCUUAAAACACGUUGUAUUGAUACAAGAAACCAUUAGCCAAAUUAAAUCACGAUUUAUUCCAAAAAUAUCUGAUAUUAAACGUUGUAUUGAUGUAUUAAUUGAAAAAGAAUACAUCGAACGAUCUGGAAAAGAUGAAUAUUCUUAUCUUGCAUAAUUCAUUAUCCUUAAUUUUUAUAUAUUCUUUUAUUGGCAAAUAGUUC